GGUUUGAUUGAUCGUCCCUCAUUUUCUUCUCUUCCUGUUCAAAAUUAGAGCACUCCUGAGUCCUGACGACUCCACCUUCAAAUUGUCUCGGUCUCGGCAUAGAAGCCAGGCAGCAGAAAGCUGGUAGUAGCGGCAAGAACAGCAACAAAAUCGUCAAGACUCAAAAGCUUUGAUUUUUAAUUAAAGACUCGAAGAACAAAACCCUAGUUUCCAUGGCGUCGAAGAAGAAAGCAUCCGAAGGUAUUGCCCUGUUGUCGAUGUACAACGACGAAGACGAAGACAUGGAGGAUCUGGAUGAAGACGCCGAGGAAGACGAGGAGACCAGAGAGGACAUGGUCGCUUCUGUUUCUUCUCCUCAAACUUCAGCCACUCCUCCCCUCCCCAAUGACGAUUUCACCCCGAAAAGCGAUAGGGUUGCACCUUUGACGCCGCAGCAACCCCAAACAUCACUUCCACCCUCACCAUUGAAUCAAUUGCCGCCUUUACAGCCUUCCCCUCAUUUGGAAGGUCAGAGGACAAGAAAAGGGACUCUAGCCAUCGUCGAUUAUGCUCACGAUGAAACAGCAAUGUCUCCCGAAGCUGAGGAAGGAGAAAUAGUAAGUUCUGGUCGUGUCACGUUAACUGCAGAACUUCAAACUGCAAAUGGUGAAUUCCAAGAAAAAUCGCCUCCAGGAACAGUUCAAAUUUUAACACCAGGCACUCAACCAACUCCUCCUCAAAUGUCAGAACAGCCAGAGCUUUUACAGCUAAAUAAUAGUGCCAUGAUGAAUUCUAUUAGAAUGGAAACCGAAGCUACAGGGGUCGAGGAUGUUGUUAUGGUUUCUGUAGAAAUACAGGAAGAUGAUGAUCCAUUGGACAAGUUUCUUCCACCUCCUCCAAAAACCAAGUGCUCUGAGGAGCUGCAAGAAAAAAUAAACAGAUUUCUUGCAUAUAAAAGAGCUGGGAAAAGCUUCAAUGCAGAAGUUCGCAAUAGGAAGGACUAUCGUAACCCUGACUUCUUGCUGCAUGCAGUGAGAUAUCAAGAUAUAGAUCAGAUAGGGUCUUGCUUCAGUAAAGAUGUGUUUGACCCUCAUGGAUAUGAGAAAAGUGACUACUAUGAUGAAAUAGAGGCUGAUAUGAAACGUGAAAUGGAGAGGAAGGAACAAGAGAGGAAGAAGAGUCCAAAGGGUGAUUUUAUUGCUGGAGGCACACUACCUGGUACAGUUGCUGCAGCACAAAAGAUCAGCAUUAUUCCAGGUGUUUCAACUGUUCCGGCUAGUGGAUUGCACUCGCUUCCACCAGCUUCAGAUGGCAUGACAAAAGAUGGCAGGCAGAAUAAGAAAUCAAAGUGGGAUAAGGUUGAUGGUGAUAGAAGACCAGAUUCUGUGUCCACAGUUGGGGCACAUGCAGCACUGUUAUCUGCUGCUAACGUGGGUGCUGGAUAUACUGCUUUUGCGCAACAAAGGCGAAAAGAGGCUGAGGAGAAAAGAUCUAGUGAACGGAAAUUGGAAAGAAGAUCAUGAAUAGAACUUCCUAAACCAUUUAUAGUUCAAAUUUUUGCAGAUUCCAAUACAUAUUCUGAGAAAUGCGUGUACAAGCAACACAAUUGAGAUAGAAUAAUGACAACUCAGAACUCUGUAACAUUGUAGACAAACGGACAAAGCUCUAUACAUGGGUGUCAAUUGGACUGGAUUUGGUCUAAUCCGAUCCAGUCCCAAUGAAUAUCUUGGACCAUUUUGG